UGGAUUGAGCCUUUUGAAGCGCAUUGCGUCGCGUUUGCUUAGUUGAGCCAAAUGCAAAGCGGUAGAAAGAAAAAAAAAGGUGGGCAUCCUUCCAGCUCAGACAGGAGGUGACUGGGAGGUGAGUGCGGACAAUGUACCGAGCGCCCAACUUUGGCACGGGUGUGACAACAUUCAUCACCAGGUAUAUUUCUCUACAACUUUGCAUCUCCUCCCACCUUCUUCCCUUCUUUUUCUUUCUCUCCUUCAUACAUCUUCAAAAACCUCAAUCUAUACCUACCACUCCCCGAUCGCAUAUCAUAGCCCAUCAUGUCUGGCCCUGUUGCGGAUCUGGGCCUCAUCGGCCUUGCUGUCAUGGGACAGAACCUUAUUCUGAACAUGGCUGACAACGGCUUCACCAUCUGCGCCUUCAACCGAACCGUCUCCAAGGUCGACCGAUUCCUGGAAAACGAGGCUAAGGGCAAGUCCAUUGUCGGCGCCAAGACUGUUGAGGAGUUCGUCAGCAAGCUCAAGUCUCCUCGCCGUGUCAUGCUCCUGGUCCAGGCUGGUCAGGCUGUCGACGACUGGAUUGAGAAGAUUCUGCCCCUCCUUGACGCCGGCGAUAUCAUCAUCGACGGUGGUAACUCUCACUUCCCUGACUCCAACCGCCGCACCAAGUAUCUUGCUGGCAAGAACAUCCGCUUCGUCGGCUCUGGUGUCUCUGGUGGUGAGGAGGGUGCCCGAUAUGGCCCCUCUCUCAUGCCCGGUGGUAAUGAGGAGGCCUGGCCUCACAUCAAGGACAUCUUCCAGAGCAUUGCCGCCAAGAGCGACGGCGAGGCUUGCUGUGAGUGGGUUGGCGACGAGGGUGCUGGUCACUACGUCAAGAUGGUUCAUAACGGUAUUGAGUACGGUGAUAUGCAACUUAUCUGCGAGGCUUACGACAUCAUGAAGCGUGGUCUCGGUCUCUCCAGCAAGGAGAUCGGCGACGUCUUCGCCAAGUGGAACAAGGGCGUCCUGGACUCUUUCCUGAUUGAGAUCACCCGAGAUAUCAUGUACUUCAAUGACGAUGAUGGCACUGCCCUCGUUGAGAAGAUCCUCGACAAGGCCGGUCAGAAGGGUACCGGUAAGUGGACCGCUGUCAACGCUCUUGACCUCGGCCAGCCCGUGACCCUCAUCGCCGAGGCUGUCCUUGCCCGAUGCCUGUCUGCCAUCAAGGACGAGCGUGCCACCGCUUCCACCAAGCUUGAGUUCGUCAGCCGAACAACCAAGUUCGAGGGUGACAAGGAGCAGUUCCUCGAGGAUCUCGAGCAGGCUCUGUACGCCUCCAAGAUUAUCUCUUACGCCCAGGGCUUCAUGCUCAUGCAGGAAGCUGCUCGUGAGUUCAACUGGAAGCUCAACAAGCCCUCCAUUGCCCUCAUGUGGCGAGGUGGUUGCAUUAUCCGAUCCGUCUUCCUCAAGGACAUCACCCACGCCUACCGCUCCCAGCCCGACCUCCAGAACCUUCUGUUUGAUGACUUCUUCAACAAGGCCAUCCACAAGGCUCAGCCCGGCUGGCGAGACGUUGUUUCCAAGGCUGCUCUCCUUGGUAUCCCCACCCCCGCCUUCUCUACCGCUUUGUCCUGGUUCGACGGUUACCGCACCAAGGACCUCCCCGCCAACCUUCUCCAGGCUCAGCGUGACUACUUCGGUGCUCACACCUUCCGCAUCAAGCCCGAGAACGCUAGCGACAAGUACCCCAACGGCCAGGACAUUCACGUCAACUGGACCGGCCGUGGUGGUAACGUCUCUGCCUCUACUUACCAGGCUUAAGUUGCUUGUUGGGGUAAAGAGAUGGAACUAUGAUUGGUUAAAGAAUGAAUACCACCGGGCUGUACGAAGCUCGGUCGCUGCGUUUUUAUAAAAAUCUGUGCUUUGGUACACAGAACACGGUAACGCUGCAAGGAUAAUGAUGAAUGGGCCGGUACGGAUUUAGAAAGCUUAAGUGAUGAAAUUCAGGUUUGCGUUUAGAACCUGAUGAGAAGCAUGAAAACAAGAUCAAAUAAUAUUUUCCGAAUGAAAUACACAAAUCGGUGAUA